AUGUAUUCUCUACAGCAGCUAUAUACGCACCAUUCGGAAGUGGCCGUACUCAACCCAGUGUUCGUUAUUGCGCUACCUUUCCUUGCCUACCUAGUCUCUGAAAUGUUCGGUCUUUCCAGUAUUAUGGCUAUAGUGUUUUGCGGAGCUGCUAUGAAACAGUAUGUAAAAUUGAAUGUGCCCGAGCAAAAUCUACUCGCAAUUAACUACUUUAUCAAGGCGGGAGCGCGGUCCAAGGCUACUACUUCAGUGCUUUCCAUGUGUUCUGAAACAGUGAUCUUCGUCUUUCUUGGGUUGUCUACGGUCUCAUCCGAUCACCAUUGGGAUACGCCUUUCAUCGUUCUGACUACCGUAUUCUGUCUCAUCUACCGUACUCUAGGAGUUGUUGUUAUGUGUUUUGUACUUAACAAGUACCGCCUAAACAAGUUCUCAAAGGUUGACCAGUUCAUCAUGGCUUAUGGAGGUUUGCGUGGUGCCAUUGCUUACGGUUUGGUGGUUGCUCUACCAAAUAUUCCAGCCAAGAAUAUGUUUAUCACUAGUUGCAUUGUUGUUAUCUAUUUUACAGUUUUCUUGCAGGGUAUCACUUUGAAACCGAUAGCUGAAUUUUUGCAAGUGGAAAAGAAGAAUAUACACAAAAAGAAUAUGACAGAGCAUAUCUACCAAGAGACCCAUCACUAUGUACAGAACCGUGAAAAACCAAAUCCCCCUCAGUAUCAGAUUUUCUCUUGUGAAAAGUUGAAGAUAGCGUAA